AUGUCGCUGCUACAGGGAUACGCGCCUAGGGUACCACCGCAUUUUCCCUCACUUCACUGGAGCGCUUCUAUGCCAGAAGAGGGGCAGACAUCACUACAGGAUCAGCUCCGUUUGGCAAAAGAAAUGGGAUUUCCGGAUGACGUUAUUAUGAAGGCGCUCAAGGCCAAUUCUACUGUUCCUGAUGUCUACACAGCAUUCGAAAACACAAAUACGAUGCUUGACUGUUUACACCAGGUGCAGCGAGACCUGAAAAACCAAAAAUUAUCCCUGUCCGUCUAUGGGGAAUCCAGGCAUGGGGAUAACACUUCAAAAAUGUUAGCCCCAAGGAGCGCUUCUGUUUCGCGAGCGGCUAGCUUAAAUUUAGGAUCUACUGGAUCGAGAGGGUCCCGCUCCGAUUCUCACGAUAUCAACCGGCUAAUCAGCACCCUUGACAAGGAGCAAGAACGUACUCGAAAAGAGGUCGAAAGCCACAUUGCAAGAUUAAAGGAGCGAAUCCGCUCCCUUGAAUAUGAUCUACAAGAAGAAAAAACGGAACGCGAACGGGCUGAGGAAAAAGAACGGCAAAUGGUGAAUAGACUAAAGGAUGAGGAAGACAAUCUGAAAUCCGAACAAGAGGAGAACAGGAAACUCCAUAGGGAGCUCAGCCAAAAUAAGCUGGAUGUCGAUAAACUGACCCUGGAGAAGCUGCAGAUACAAAAGCAACUUUCCGACCAACGGGAAUUAUCGGAGCACCGUAAAAAGGGACAUGAGGAGGAGCUGAAAGAGAAGCAGAGGGAAUUGGAUUCGUUGAAGUCGAGCUUGGCGACAAACUCGGUUGCGGCGAGCCGGAUUGAAGAGUUGCAGGCCGAGAAUAGACGGUUGAAGAGCGAGCUUUCCUCCCAAACGGCCACUUAUGAAAGUCUGGCCAAAGAGCAUUCCGAGGCACAAUCAUUACUCCAUACGGUCAAUCAACGCUUCAACUCCGCCGAGCAGCAGCUGAUCAAGUGUUGUGUGUGUUUGGAGCAAAAGCCCGAAAUAGUGUUCUUCCCCUGCCUCCACGUGUGUGUAUGCGACGGGUGCUUCACACGGGAGCCAAUGUCAAAAUGCCCGACUUGCAGGGCCCGCCUUGUCGGCCAUUCUAAAGUAUUCCUUGGAAGC